GCGAAUGGGGGCCAGCGAAAGGCGUUGGCAUUACAAAAUAUCCAGCUUGUUAACAUAUUGAAAACUGUGCUGCUGCAUUAAAUCUACACCGAACUAUUUAUAAUCAAUGCCGUGCAUUUAAUCGAUUUGGGUUGGAUAACCGAUCGUUUGGCGUAGCCGCAAGUGUAUUGGGGGAAGCUAUUUAUCCUUGGAAUUUAAAAUACGAGUAGAUAUCAUAUCCGUAUGAGUGAGAUAUAAUGAAAAUGUCGCUUCAGUUUCACUUGAUACCCGAAUGAAUUGAAAUGUGUUUAGAAAAAUACUUUUGCUUCGUGCUUGUAUUGCAUUUCAUCAUGAUAAACCAGGUCAGAGGUUAUAAAUCCAUUAUUUGGCAAUAUACAACAGCUUUCACUAAAACACAGAUUUAUUCUCAUAUCGAGUUCACGAACUUCAAGUGCACAUCCAUGAAUAAGGACGUGGCCGAUUUCGAAUACUGUUCUCUAAAAUCAGUUAACCGAACUUAUCAAUAUAUUUCCACCAGAAUAAAGGUGUACAAAUUACUAAACAGCCUAAAGGUUAACUUUGGUUUGCACCAACAGAUCAAUGGGUAUAAGCCAUUUCUAUACAACAUCACUUUUGACGGUUGCCAAUUCAUCAAGAACACAAAGUCCAAUGUCGUCGCCAAAUACUUUUACGAUUUUAUUAGGAAUAUCAGCAACUUGAAUCAUUCCUGUCCGUACAACCACGACAUCAUUAUGGAUAAACUUACCUCUGAGACUAUCAAUUCCCGACUGCCAAAAGUUCUGCCCUUUCCCACAGGAAACUACAUGUUUCAGACCUAUUGGAUUGCCAAUGAAAAGUAUCGUGCGGUAACCAAGAUAUAUUUCUGUCUUUAUUGAUGGAAAAGUGCUAUUCGUUUGGGUUUUUAAAGGUUUUUAUUAAAUAGUAUAGAUAACAGCUACGAAGAAAACGGGUUUAAUGGGUGAAGUUCUUAACUGGACCUGCAACUUGGACAUGAAAAUAUUAUUAACUUUUUCGUCUCCCGUAUUUUAUUAUUAUUAUUAUUAUUAUUAUUCCAUUCGAUUAUGGGCUGUGAGCUCGUAAAGCUAUUUAUGUUGAAUACAUACAAAAAUUAAAAAUGUUUCACAUUUGU